AGUUCACAGAAUAUUUAUUUCAGAUAUAACUGGAAGGUAUAUAGGAAUAUUUAGAAAAUAUUCUGCCAGGUCUCGACGUGGGUAGGUAUCUAAGGCACCCGCCAUAUUUAUCAUCAUUCUGAGCUAAAGCAACUCGGCCCACGAUCAUGUUUUUGUACCUACAACCAUGUUGCGUCCAGGGCAACUAUAUAAGUUGAAGCGGUUCGCAUUGUGCAUCCAUCAUGAGGCUACCAAUCUUCGAAGAAAGCAGGCACCAGAAGCACCAGCCCAGCAAGCAAUGUCGCCGCCAUCCUUACCUGGCAAUCAGAUGGCGCCCAGCUCCUUUGCAGCUGUGCUUCAAAACAUUGCCGUGCCACAGGCCAUAGUUGGACAUCCUAUGGUGCUCCCAGCACAGCAAGCUGCUCCCAAUUUGACUCAUGCUUUGGACUCGAGGGACAUGCGAAUGACAAGAAGGCCAGGAUCAGAAUCUUUCAAGGCCGAGGCUCUAGAACCUCGUAAUGGCGAUGAACGAAAGGAAGAGAAAACACAGGAGGAGGAGAGCGAACCAAUUCGUUGUCAUUUCCAUCGGAAGCCACAAUUGAACUGCAAGAUUUGCCGCCGGGUCUACUAUUCUGCAGUGGAUCCGAACUUUCAGAAAAAGGAUGACAAAAAGGCUUCAGACAAGAAAGCCGACGAAGAAACGCCAGGGGUGAGAAUGCGUGGAGCAGAAGCCUUUGAAAUUACCAACAAGCAGACAUACAACUUCAACUCGAUGCUUAGAGACCAGAUUUUGAAGAACACUUACUUCAAGACGUUGGUCAAGAUCGACACGUUUGAGGGGAUCAUGGAUGAGAUGUACCAGUACGUUGAGACUGCUGAGACUUAUGGUGGUGGAUCGACGACCGUUCCAUCUAGCCUUUUUUGUUGCCUGUAUCGGUUAUUCACCAUUGGCCUCUCCUAUGAUGAAUUGAGUUUGCUUUGCGAAUCGAAGGACUGGCCCUACAUUCGCUGCUGCGGCUUCUUGUACAUCCGCUUUGGUUGUGCCCCUGAGAAGCUGUGGGAUUUUCUGGGCGAGUACUGCGUUGAUGAUGAAGAGUUCGAGCCCUCCAAAUCAACCCCGGGCUUCAUCGUCACUGUUGGCGAGUAUGUCGAGUCGUUGCUGAUGGAUGAGAGAUACUACUACUCGACACUUCCACGAAUCCCGAUGGGCGUCAAGAAGAAGAUUGAAGAAAAGGUAGCUCCUUUGGGGCAGUCUUGAGCUCGGUGUGCACAAUUGGGAGGGAGGAACAAGGCACAGAACAUGCGCUAUUGAAGUUGUCAUUGAAUUGUUUUGCAGGAGGCAGAGACCAUCAGAGACCUGUGUGUGGUGAGUUGCUGUUUUGCCCUCACAAUAAACCGCGGGCUCCAACAAGUUGAACCAGUGCAAUUCACAGAUCGUUUGUAUACAUAUGUAAUCAUAUAUAUAUAUGUUUGAAUGUGUUUGACUCCUUGACCAUUCUAAUUGUAUCGUGAUGUAAUCACCAUUCGAGCAUGAAGUUUCAACAGAGGUUAUUGCUUCUCUCAAAGGGUUUUAGUUGGUGUGCACCCC